AGAGAGAAAGAGAGAGCGAGAGAAAGAGAGAGAGAGAGAGAGAUAGACAGAGACAGAGAGCAAGAGAGAGAGAUAGAGAGAGAGAGGGAGAUAAAGAGAGAGAGAGAGAGAGAGAGAGAGAGAGAGAGAGAGAGAGAGAGAGAGAGAGAGAGAGAGAGAGAGAGAGAGAGAGAGAUAGAGAGAGAUAGAAAGAGAGAGAGAAAGAGAGAUAGAGAUAGAGAGAGAAAGAUAGAAAGAGAGAGAGAUAUAUAGAGAGAGAGAGGGAGAGAGAUA